UGCGGGCUUUCGUCACAAGACUAAGGCCUUAGCUUAAGUUGGUCGAAGGAAAAAGUGAUUAGCUCUGCACUCCAUAUUUGCUCAAGUAGACUAAAUUACCCAACAGUCGUUCAGUUAUGGCUACUAAUCGUGCAGGUAAGCUGUUCAUAUCGCUCACUGUAUUUGUAGAGACUGUUAUUAGUAGUGUCGACUCUCAUGCUCGACGAUCGGUCAUAGUCCACUGGUAACGUAAUGACCAUGGCAAGUGAAAACCCAUCUGGCUCCACCUGCAGUAAAUAGUAGCACUACCUACCACUUGCACCCCACCACCACCUUCGAACCCAUUGGUUUUAUAUGUGUGAAUUGGAGCAUAUGCUGCGCUAUUCACAUGUAGCUGAGCCUAUACUUAUUUCUGUUUGCUGUAACACAUCAUCAACCAAAGGCCGGAUAUCAUUUGGUCCUUACCUACCGGUUGAUUGAUAGCGUGCUCAAGGUAUGAACAGGUAGAGUUCUAUUGAUUCUCAUGUCUCGGAAUACUGCCGCACUUAAUCCCCACGGAAAAGAAAUAAAAAUACUGGAACCCAUUUGGUCACCGGCGUCGCCUACGGCCCCUUGGAAAAACGUGAUGGGGACCUCUUAAAUCAACAGCGCACGUCAGCAAGAGAAGAAAAAAGAAAUAUAAAAAUUUACCAAACUACGGCGCUUGAUCCCCCCCUGGUCGUGAUGUGUGGUAUUAUAUCGGAUGGCGUUCGAUAUUUCACGAAAGAGGGACAAAAUACCAGUUCCGACAGUCCUUCUCAACACGUUCGAGUGGCGAGCACAACGUCAUUUACCAGACAAGAUUUGCCAUGGCCGGAUGUUUGCUCCCGUACGAUCCGCUGGAACAUACCAACAUGUUCUCCAAAGCUGAAAGCGAGGAGAGCGACGAGGAAGACGGAACCGGCAACGUGACGCGAAUGGUAAUGAGACCUCCAGGGCAUUCCGGAAAAGCCAAGAAAGGUCAUCUUUGCCUCGACGCUUCCUUUGAAACUGGAAAUCUCGGUAGGGUUGACUACAUCAGCGAGUUUGAAUACGACCUCUAUGUUCGCUCAGAUUCUUGCAAUCCCCGUCACCGCUUUUGGUUCAAUUUUACCAUCGACAAUGUUCGCCUUGAUCAGAGGGUUAUUUUGAACAUCAUCAACUUUAGCAGAGAAUCCACAUUACUUAGCGCUGGGUUGACUCCGCUAAUCAAAUCCAUCACUCGACCCCAUUGGGAAAGAAUGCCGACAACGCAAGUUUUCUAUCACCAAUCUCCGCAUCAUGGCGACCGAUACAUCCUGAGUUUGGCCCUCAACUUUGACGUUGAAGAAGAUGUUUAUCAAGUUGCUCUGACUUAUCCGUACUCUUUCUCUAAACUGCAAUUCUAUUUGGAUUUGAUUGACGAACAUUUCCCAUCCAUUAUCCACCGUGAAAUCAUCGGCCACACCAUUCAAAACCGGCCUGUUGAUUUACUGACUAUCACCAACCAAGCAACGGAAAGCGACGAGGAAACGAAACCUCUCCGGAAGAAAACUGUUUUUAUUAUUUGUCGUUCGCAUCCGGGCGAAUCUCCUGCAUCGAUUGUUUGUCAAGGGCUGAUUGAUUUUCUCGUGAGUUCUGAACCUAUCGCCAGAGCUCUCCGGGAAUUUAUUGAAUUCAAAAUCAUUCCUAUGAUUAAUCCAGACGGCGUGUUUAACGGCAACGAAAGAUCAUCGAUGGUGGGCGCAGACUUAAAUAGGGUCUGGAAUGAUUAUUCAGAAUACUUCCAUCCGACCGUCAAAGCAGCAAUGGAUGCUAUUCGACACUUGGACGAACAACCGGAUUCAAAUUUGGAAUUCAUUUUGGAUUUACAUGCUCAUCAUUCCUUAUUGGGAACCUUUCUAUACGGCAAUUCCUACGACGACUUCCUGAGGUUCGAGCGGCAUUUGUUGUUUGGAAAAAUUUAUUCCCAGACGGUUGAGGAUUUCUGCAUGGGAAACUGCAUGUACAAUAAGGACAACUUAAAGUCUGGCACGGCACGGAGGUUUUUGAGUCACACAGUGAAGGAACAUGUAAACGUCUACAGCUUUUUCAUAUCAAUGAUGGGUUUCCAAUUACCUAAUUCAUCCGAUAUUCUUCUCUAUGACGAAGAAGGAUAUCAGCGUGCUGGAAGAAAUAUGGCUAGGGCAUUAUUCGAAUAUUAUAAAAUUGUGGGUCACAUUCCAGCCAGUUACAUCCAGUCUCUUCAUCCGGCGCCUGGCCGGAAGAAAACCAAGUAUGAAGUUCAGUCUACCUACCGCAACUUUCGAUCUGAAGGGAAGCAACACGCGAGCCGGAUCGACGGGAAAGAGGGCGAGGAAGGAGAUGGUUCAGCUUUCGCUUCUUAUCGUCGAGCUAAUCGAUUGAUUCUUGAAAUUGAACCUUGUUUCACCCAAAAUCCUUCCUUCCGACCUUUCUUACGCAAACCUGUCACAAUUCAGGUUAAAGACUCGAUGGAUUCAAGAUCGACAACUCCACUUUCCAACGGUCAGUCGUCGUCUAGCGGAGGGAACUCAGAUCCGAAAGUACCAUCCAUUCCAAGUCUAUCCGUAAUCGAUUUCAGUAGCUUGACAAUGAGUCGGAAAGAACUGCGCCAACUUCAUAGGCGAAAUUCUCCUUCUAUUUAGUUCACUAUUUUGUAAUUGAUGAUGCAUAAGCUUUAUAGGUAGCAGUAAUGGAGACUUAGAGCUCUGUCUGUAUUCGACUACCGGUUAAGAAAUUUCAUUCUAUAAGAGAUUAAGAACAAUUACCAGCAUUAUAUUCUAGUUUAUUUGCCGUUCUAAUGUAUAUCCCAUCAGCUAACGUUAACCGGACUGUCUAAUAAAUCUUUAUCUAGCAGGA